AGUUUUUACUGAUUUACGUCUUCGCUCAGUCGCUGCAAAUCUGACCUUAUUUUAAAGAGGAGCGGGACAUCGCACGGCAUCCCUAAACAGUGUACAUUGUUUGGCACACCGGUUUUGCAGAGCAACUGGAUAAACUGAACCGGUGUGAGGGGUCGGGGGAAGGCCACGGAUGACCGAGGGAUUGUUUAUGUAUCUUUUUGGAUCUCAUAUAACGAGUUAGAGUCGGUGCAUACUUUAUAAAUUGAUCACCAAUAAUGAGUGGACAUCCGCCGCAGCGGCGGCAAAUAAAUGUCGGUUCGCUACUACUGACACCGCAGGAGAAUGAAUACCUUUUCAACCACCUUGGCAGGAAAUGCAUCACAUUGUCUUCAGCAGUGGUCCAGGUGUUCACAGCAGAUAGGAACUCCAGCUGGAACAAGAGAUGCUGCGGGGUGGCCUGUCUGGUCAAAGACAACCCCAAUCGAUCCUACUUCAUCAGGGUCUUUGACAUCAGGGACGGUAAGAUGAUGUUUGAACAGGAGCUGUACAACAACUUCAGCAUCUAUUUCCCCAAACCCUACUUCAUCACAUUUGCUGGAGAUACAUGCCAAGUGGGUUUGAAUUUUGCCAGUGAGGAGGAGACCAAGCGUUUCCACAGCCAUGUGUCAGAGCUACUGGGGAAAAGACAGAGGAAAACUGAGAAGAGACGCGACCCUCUAAAUGGUCCUUCGUUGCCCAUGGCCACCGUUGACAUCAAAAACCCGGAGAUCAACAGUGUUCAGCGUUUCCAUAACAACUCUCAGGUGAACAACAUUGUGCACUCCUCCUUCCCCAAGAGGGAGAAAAAAGGGGGCAAGGGGAAGAGGAAGAGGUUGACCAAGGCGGACAUCGGCACACCGAGCAACUUCCAGCACAUUGGGCAUGUAGGAUGGGAUCCAAACACAGGCUUUGAUUUGAAUAAUUUGGACCCUGAGCUAAAGAACCUGUUUGACAUGUGUGGCAUCUCUGAGGCUCAGCUGAAGGACAAGGAGACCUCUAAGGUCAUCUACGACUUCAUUGAGAAGAAAGGAGGCGUAGAAGCUGUCAAAAACGAGCUGCGGAGACAAGCUCCUCCACCCCCUCCAUCCAGAGGUGGCCCUCCUCCCCCACCCCCACACCACAGCUCAGCCCCUCCUCCCCCUCCUCCUGCCCGGGGGCGAGGCGCCCCACCGCCUCCUCCCCCUUCCAGAGCUCCCGUCUCUGCCCCCCCGCCUCCCCCUCCAUCUCGGCCAGGCAUGUCCGCUCCACCGCCUCCCCCUCCAAGCCGGGGCUUUCUCCCGCCUCCCCCUCCACCGGCUCACGCCUCAAUCCCCGUGGCGCCUCCCCCACCGCCUCCUCCCCCCUCAUCCUCAACUCCAUCCAGUACCGGAGGACCGCCUCCCCCACCUCCUCCUCCCCCGCCUCCUGGCCCUCCACCCCCUGCUCCUCCGCCGCCCACGGAGGCUAACGGAGGGGACAGCAGUCUGCCCUCACCCGGGGUCGGCAAGUCGGCACUGCUGAGUCAGAUCAGAGAAGGCACCCAGCUGAAGAAGGUAGAGCAGAAAGAGAGGCCAGUCUCUAGCACCGGAAGAGACGCACUUCUGGACCAAAUCCGGCAAGGAAUCCAACUUAAACCGAGGGAUGACAACACCGAUUCAUCUCCUUCCACUCCGGCCCCCUCGGCAGGCAUCGUAGGGGCCCUGAUGGAGGUGAUGCAGAAAAGGAGCAAGGCUAUUCACUCUUCAGACGAGGAUGAUGACGAUGAAGAUGAUGAGGACUUUGAAGAUGAUGAUGAAUGGGAUGAUUAGCGAUUUAUUUUUGUUUUGUUUUGUUUUUUUUUCUCCCCUUCCCACCACCUGGAUGAUUAUGACACUAAAAUUGUGCUUGUCUUUCUAAAAAGAAAUUUUUAAUUUCAAAAUUAUAAAUGUAAAUGUUCUAUCAAUUUGCUGUAUAUUUUUGUUGCCUUUAUGCUUUUUUUUUUUUAUUAAUCUGUGCAAUACCUCAUUUAAUCUGUAAAUGUUUGUCAUUCUUAUAUCUUAGGUUGUUUCUUUAUCUUUGUCAUGUCUCUAUGUUCCUGUUGGCUCCAUUUCUGUCUCUUGACAAGUAAUAUGUCUCAUCUGUCAUUUUAACUAUGUUCUGCUUUUUUCAUCUCUCUGUAUCUUUUCCUCCUCCUCCCACGGCCCUAACUCUUCUAUGUUUAUCACCUCCAUCUGUCACUCAGCCUCCCAUCACACAUGUCCCCGUCGCUCUCCCAUGUUCCCUGUCCCCCAGAUUAACAUGUGCAAUUUCACAUCAAGUUGUCUGUUAAACCUUAGAGUUGAAUGUUUUUUUUUUUUUUUUGGUCAGUGAUUGAAGGGAGGGCUUAUACAACAAGUUGCCACAAAUCCUUCAUCAAUCAUGUCAUCAUUGUUCAUCAGGAGGAAAAAAAAAAAGAACUAUUUUCAUACCCUAUUGCUCUGUAGUUUAUUUUUACUUAUUCAAAUGAUCCUAGUUUAGCACUCAUAUUUUCUUAAAACAAAGAAGAAAAAAAAGAAAUGCUCUUUUUUGGAAUAUUUAGCUUCAUUUGCUGUCGACUGUAAAUUUGCUCCAGAGUUGAGUCUUGUUAUAUUUUUGCACAGAUUGAAAGAGGAGACUCGCUGCAUCAAUACAGGACAUUUUCAGGUCUGUAUCAUUAUGGAACAUGCAUAUGCUUUAAGUAAUGAGGUAAAAUACACUUAAACAUUUUUAACCGUUAACACAACAUACUACAUACAGUAAAUGCAUGGAGGUAGCCCACAGUGUUAUGGCUGGCUAUCUGUUGUGAAUUUUAGUUCUUUUUUUUUCUUUUUCACCGUCACACUACAGUUUAAGUUGAAAUUUUGCUUUUUUUUUCUUGUUUUUUUUUUACAGUAGCAAGCAGAGUAUUAAUAAAUGCCUGUUUGUUGGAAUCAGGUCAUUCAUCAUGUAAAACUUGAGGAAUAAAGACAUUUUAGUUUUACACACCUGAUGCUUAUAAUGGGUCCAUAUGCUAAGUUACUGUACAGAAACAGCGAGACUAAAGUAGUGUUCUCCCUGUUAUAGACACUAAGUGCUGACAGUAUAGGGAAAAACAUUAGAUUCAUGGCAUUAUUCAAACAAGUAUCAAUAUUGUCUUGACUAACUAGUACAUAAUGAGGUGUAACAUAGGAAAUGCUUAUAUAAAAACUCAGACAGUGGUCAGUUUUUCCCUACAAAGACCAAAUAAUCAGAUGUGGGCAUUUAAUCCACAUACAGUUGGGUCUGAUAUGAGACCACUUCCCCAUUCACUUGAAUGAGAAAGUAGUGGCAAUAGUACAUCAUAUUUACCAUAUGCUUUGUUCAAACAGUGGUUACCCCACAAAGGAAAAUACUGUUAAUGUUAGAUCAUUUCAUGAGACGAAGGAAAGGAUUAAAAAACAUGAAUGACAACUGCCCUGUGGCUACAAAUUGUCUGGCUCAAAACUGAGUACAAGUUAGAGAAACUAACGUAUUUGUUGCUCUUAUUUCAGCAGUUCCUUACAUUAUGGCCUGAUGUACUCUAAUGCACUAUACUUUUGUGUUGCUUGCUAACCAACCAAAGUAGAUGUGUACUUUUGCGAAACAGUAGCGGCCACAAGUGACAGUUAUAGGGAAAUGCUAAGAAAUGUUUAUCUAAAGUUUGCUAACAUCAUCCAGUAUAUGCUAACUGGUCAUACCAGACCAACAGACUGUAGAAGAAAAACCUCUGUGUGAACUGAAAUGAACAAGGGUGAGUUUUAUUACGAAUGAAUUCAACUUUUCAUUUGUAAGAGGAAGAAUAUGUUAUUUCUUCUUUUAAAAGUUGUGUCGACUAUUUAAAUCUUUGCAUUGAAGGUCAACACAGGCAUGCUAGCCAUGUUGGCUCUAUAGAAAGCUGUAGCUAUCUUUUGCUAAUAUUUGUUAGCUAUGAAUGAGUCAUUCAACCAGACUAAUGGUUGGUGUCCAUUCUAGACCUGAUAAUCCAAGACUGUUUCCAAAAGCAUUAGCAUGAAUUAGCACUAUGGUAGGUUAAGAUUUUUAUGUGACAUUAAUUAAAAAGGGUUGUCCUUCAAAUAUCCUCAAACACAUUUUGUAACAACACUACUAUUAUUGUCAAGAAAAUUAGCUGCACACCACUCUGUUGCUAGACCUAAAAAUUAUACAUGGAAAAAAACAUGCUAACAAGCAGCAUGCUCCUACUGCUAGCAUAUCUUUGGGUUAUAUUACAGCUAAUAUAGAAACUUAUUUCCCACAGUGUGACUAAAAUGAAUUAUACGCUAUAAUGUCUCCAAAUUCCUUGGUGUUGUGUUUUGUUUUUUCUCUGGUUCCAGUUAGCAAAUGCUUUCUCUUUAAAUUCUGUCUUUGAGAGACAAAUUGCCACUUGUCUGACCUCUUUUGUCGAAUAUCAAGAUACUUUUUUGGGGGGGAAACCUAGCCAUGUUUUCGCUGAUGUUAGCUUCUGUAGGUAACUCGGUUAAUAAGAUGUUAUGGACGCCAAGCCUUAUCAAUGAGGCUGGACAAAUAAUGAACUCUGACAUUGUACACUCCAAUAAAAGGUUGAUAUUUA